GCUCCGAAAACAUCAGGAAACAAGCAAACGCGUGAGGCAACAACUAUUGAAUUUCCUUAAAAAAAAAAAAAACAAAAACAAAAACCCCGGCAGCCUUGACCAUUCAGAAGAGCCCACGGUGCGGAGAAAACACGCGUCGAGAGAUCAUUUGCUACAUUAAAAGAUAUCGUACACCGCCAGAAGUUUCGAAAAAAUCACGCAGAAGUAACUUCGAGGCCAACACUACUUUUUUACGGUCUUGCUCUACUUUGCUUACAGAACUGCCUUAAGCCCUUAACUUCCUUUCCUUUUGUCUUCUGUUCCUUCUUCUUCUUCUUCUUCUUCUUCUUAUUUUUGUGUUUUUGUUUUUGUGGAAAAAAGAAGAGAAAAGGAAUCCUUCUCGUCUAGCCCCUUCUUUGCUUCGUAUCUUCCUUAAACCAGCAAGAGAAUAUAAGAAGAAAGCCAAAGCCACUGCAGAGAACAUAAAGAGAGAGAAGAAGAAGAAGAGAAAGCACGCUGGAAUUGGAGGUCUGGCUUGAUUUCAAUCAGAAGAUAAGACUAAAGGAGAAACAAAAGGGAGGAGCAAGGAAGCAGAAUUAAGGGUUGAUAGACCGUGUGAAUCUAAAAGAAUCGCACAACCAACCAGCAAUUAAAAAAGAAAUUCUUUUUGUUUAUUACCCUUCUUAAAUAUUCGCGUGCUUCGUACGGUCUAUCCACCCUAAUCUGCAUUUCAGAAAGAAAAAAAGAAAAAAGAAAAAGAAAAGAAACAAUCAAACCCCCUCUUCACCAACUCUCUCUUUCAUUCGCUUUAUCGAGAUCUUAUUCAUUUGUUUUUGCUUGGAUUUUGAUUCUGUUUUUGUUUUCUUGAUUUUCUUAUAUUUUACUUUACUUUUUUUCUUCUCCUUUUAGAGUAUUGAUCACUACUAGUUAAAUUAUCUGAGGUAAUGGAGAGCGAGAGUAAUGGUAGGGUUUCGGGGAUUGGAGGUGGAGGUGGUCCGUCUUACUGGCUUGAUGCAUGUGAGGAUAUUUCUUGUGAUAUUAUAGAUGAUUUUGUUGAUUUUGAUACUUCAAUUGUUCCAGAAUUAUCUGUUGAUAAUAAUUCCAAUGUUAAUAAUGAUUUCUUUGGAGGGAUUGAUCACAUUCUUGAUAGUAUCAAGAAUGGUAGUGGUCUUCCUCCUCUUCAUAAUGCUAGUACGACAGCUAAUGUUUCCAAUGGAAAUCGGGAUUGCAUUGUUGGUGAUGGUUGGUUUAUUAAUGUUGAAAAUGGAGUUUGCCAUGGGAGCUCGGUUUCACAAUCAAAUGGUGGUGAUAAGGACAAUAUUGACAGAAAAGGGCAGGUGGAGAAUGGUGGUAAUGGGUUGAAUUUGUCCAAUGGGAAGAGAGAAGAGAGGUUCUCAAACAAUUUUGUUAAAGAAAAUGGGAAGAAGGAUGAGCAGUCGACGGAGCAAGGUAUUGAUGGUGAUGAAAGGUGCGGUAAAAGGGCUAGACUUUGUUGUUAUAGAAAUGAGAGAGUGUAUUCUAGUAGAGGGCAGCAUGAGCAUAGGGAUAGGGAGAGAUGUUCUAGCAGGAAGAGGUCACGGGAUUGGGAUGAAAGCGAUAGAAGGGAUAGGGAUAUUAGUCGAAGAAGAGAUAGAUAUAGUGGUAGUAAUAGGAGGGAUGGUAGAGAUAGGGAUUGGAGGGAAAGAGAACUUAGGGGUUAUUGGGAGAGGGAUCGUUCAGGGUCCAAAGACAUGGUUUUCCGAUUGGGCACUUGGGAAGCUGAUCAUAACAAAGAAGGAAGGGAGGCAAAUGACAAAAUUCAGGAGUGCAAAGGAGAGCUAGAGAAGAAAUCAGAGGAGAGUAAAGAGAAAGUCCCUGAAGAACAGGCCCGCCAGUAUCAAUUGGAUGUUCUUGACCAGGCUAAGAAGAAAAAUACAAUAGCUUUUCUUGAAACAGGGGCAGGGAAGACACUCAUUGCUGUACUCCUCAUCAGAAGCAUUUGCAAUGACUUGCAAAGGCAGAAUAAAAAAAUUCUAGCUGUAUUUUUAGUUCCGAAGGUUCCACUUGUUUAUCAGCAAGCAGAAGUUAUUCGUGAGCGCGGUUACCAAGUGGGCCAUUAUUGUGGUGAGAUGGGUCAAGAUUUCUGGGAUACUCGAAGAUGGCAGCGUGAGUUUGAAACAAAACAGGUUUUAGUAAUGACAGCCCAAAUUCUUUUGAACAUUCUGAGGCACAGCAUAAUCAAAAUGGAAGCCAUAAAUCUCCUCAUUCUGGAUGAGUGUCAUCAUGCUGUGAAGAAACAUCCAUAUUCUCUUGUGAUGUCUGAGUUUUACCAUACGACUCCCAAGGAGAAGAGACCGUCUGUUUUUGGAAUGACAGCUUCUCCUGUUAACUUAAAGGGUGUUUCAAGUCAGGUGGAUUGUGCAAUAAAGAUCCGCAAUCUUGAAAGUAAACUGGACUCAAUUGUUUGUACGAUAAAAGACCGCAAGGAACUGGAAAAGCAUGUACCAAUGCCGGCAGAGGUUGUGGUGGAGUACGACAAAGCAGCUAGCUUGUGGUCCCUUCAUGAACAAAUAAAGCAAAUCGAAGCAGCUGUUGAGGAAGCUGCACAGUCUAGCUCGAGAAGAAGUAAAUGGCAAUUUAUGGGAGCUAGGGAUGCUGGGGCCAAGGAAGAGCUGCGCCAGGUUUAUGGUGUCUCUGAAAGAACAGAAAGUGAUGGGGCUGCUAACUUAAUUCAAAAGUUGAGGGCAAUUAAUUAUGCACUUGGUGAUCUGGGUCAGUGGUGUGCUUACAAGGUUGCACAAUCCUUUCUGACUGCCUUACAAAAUGACGAGAGAGCAAACUAUCAGCUUGAUGUUAAGUUUCAAGAAUCCUACCUCGAAAGAGUCGUGUUGCUCUUACAAUGCCAAUUAACAGAGGGAGCUGUUACAGACAAGGAUACAAAAGUUUCAGACAAUGGGAAUGACAAUAUUCAGGAUGGGCCUGGUUUUGAUGAGAUUGAGGAGGGAGAGCUCCCUGACAGUCAUGUUGUCUCUGGUGGAGAACAUGUUGAUGUGAUAAUAGGAGCUGCUGUAGCUGAUGGAAAAGUGACCCCUAAAGUGCAGUCACUGAUUAAAGUACUUCUCAGAUAUCAGCACACGGAGGAUUUUCGUGCGAUCAUCUUUGUUGAGCGCGUAGUAGCUGCUUUGGUUCUUCCUAAGGUCUUUGCAGAGCUUCCAUCUCUAAGUUUUGUUAGGUGUGCAAGUUUGAUAGGGCACAAUAAUAGUCAGGAAAUGAGAACAAGCCAAAUGCAAGACACAAUUGCCAAAUUUCGAGAUGGUCGUGUGACAUUGUUAGUUGCUACCAGUGUUGCUGAGGAAGGACUUGAUAUUAGGCAAUGCAAUGUUGUUAUUCGCUUUGAUCUUGCAAAAACUGUUCUUGCAUAUAUUCAGUCUCGAGGUCGUGCAAGAAAGCCAGGCUCUGAUUACAUCUUGAUGGUGGAGAGGGGAAACCUGUCUCAUGGAGCAUUCUUAAGGAAUGCUAGGAAUAGUGAGGAGACCCUGAGGAAAGAAGCGAUUGAGAGAACUGACCUCAGUCAUCUUAAGGAUACUUCAAGGUUAAUUGCAGUAGAUUCAAUACCAGGAACUGUGUAUCAGGUGGAGUCUACUGGUGCUGUUGUGAGCUUAAAUUCUGCUGUUGGACUUGUUCAUUUCUAUUGCUCUCAGUUACCCAGUGACAGGUAUUCAAUACUUCGUCCUGGGUUUAUUAUGGAGAAGCAUGAGAAGCCAGGAGGUCCCACGGAAUAUUCAUGCAAGCUUCAGCUUCCUUGUAAUGCACCAUUUGAGGAGCUUGAGGGUCCUGUAUGCAGUUCAAUGCGCCUUGCACAUCAGGCUGUUUGUUUGGCUGCUUGCAAGAAGCUUCAUGAGAUGGGAGCAUUUACUGACAUGCUCUUGCCAGACAAGGGAAGUGAGGAAGAAAAGGACAAGGUUGACCAGAAUGAUGAAGGUGAACCACUUCCUGGUACUGCUAGGCAUCGGGAGUUCUAUCCUGAAGGUGUAGCUAAGACACUCCAGGGAGAAUGGAUCUUAUGCGGAAGGGAUGGUUGCAACAACUCCAAAGUGCUUCAUCUCUACUUGUAUGGAGUCAGAUGCUUAAACAUUGGCACUUCAAAUGAUCCAUUCUUGACUCAAGUUUCAAAUUUUGCAGUGCUUUUUGGCAAUGAGCUGGAUGCAGAGGUAUAUCAAUUUAUUUUCAGUUUCAGCAUAGAUAGAUAUUUUAAGCAUUUUUCUUUAACACCUCAAUUUCUUCAGGUCUUAUCGAUGUCGAUGGAUCUAUUUAUCGCUCGAACCAUGAUAACGAAGGCAUCUCUUGUCUUUAGGGGUCGCAUACCUAUUACAGAAAGUCAGCUGGCAUCCCUUAAAAAUUUUCAUGUAAGGUUGAUGAGCAUUGUACUGGAUGUGGAUGUUGAACCUUCCACCACUCCAUGGGAUCCUGCAAAAGCUUAUUUAUUCGUCCCUAUGGUUAGCGAUAAGUCUGUAGAUCCUAUAAAAGAAAUUGACUGGGAUCUGGUUGAAAAUAUAAUUGGAACAGAUGCUUGGAGCAAUCGUCUUCAGAGAGCUCGACCAGAUGUUUACCUUGGUACAAAUGAGAGGACACUUGGUGGAGACAGGAGGGAGUAUGGUUUUGGGAAAUUGCGACAUGGAAUUGCUUUUGGACAGAAACCUCAUCCCACUUAUGGCAUCAGGGGAGCUGUAGCACAGUUUGAUGUUGUGAAAGCUUCUGGAUUGAUUCCUAAGAGGGGAUGGGAUGCAACUGAGACGCAAAAACUGGAGCUGACCAAAGGCAAAUUGAUGAUGGCUGAUACUUGUGUCAAUGCUGAUGCUUUGAUGGGGAGAAUUGUAACAGCUGCUCACUCUGGGAAGAGGUUUUAUGUGGAUUCCAUAUGCUAUGAUAUGACUGCAGAGAUCUCAUUUCCAAGAAAAGAGGGUUAUCUUGGUCCUCUGGAGUACAGCUCAUAUGCUGAUUACUACAAGCAAAAGUAUGGAGUUGAAUUGAAAUUUAAGCAGCAGCCUUUACUAAGAGGACGUGGUGUUUCAUACUGCAAGAAUCUCUUAUCUCCUCGGUUUGAACACUCAGAUUCAAAUGAAGGCGAUGCUGAAGAGAAUCUUGACAAGACUUACUAUGUGUUUCUUCCUCCUGAGCUGUGUCUGGUGCACCCUCUUCCUGGAUCACUUGUUCGAGGUGCCCAGAGAUUACCAUCGAUAAUGAGGAGGGUUGAAAGCAUGCUGCUCGCUGUUGAACUUAAGGAUAUAAUAAAUUAUCCAGUCCCUGCUUCAAAGAUCUUGGAAGCCUUGACUGCUGCUUCAUGCCAAGAGACAUUCUGCUAUGAAAGAGCAGAGCUUCUAGGAGAUGCUUACCUGAAAUGGGUGGUUAGUCGAUUUCUUUUUCUGAAGUAUCCCCAGAAACAUGAGGGUCAACUUACUAGAAUGAGGCAACAAAUGGUAAGUAAUAUGGUUUUGUAUCAAUAUGCACUUAACAAAGGACUUCAGUCAUAUAUCCAAGCAGAUCGCUUUGCUCCAUCUCGAUGGGCUGCUCCUGGAGUGUUGCCUGUCUUUGAUGAGGAAACAAAAGAUGGAGACUCGUACAUAUUUGAUCAGGAGAAGUCACUUGCUGAGGAUAGAACCGGAAUGAAUCAUCUUGAUGAUGGGUAUGAAAAUGAAAUUGAAGAUGGUGAACUUGAGAGUGAUGCUAGUUCUUACAGAGUCCUCUCUAGCAAGACAUUGGCAGAUGUUGUUGAAGCAUUAAUUGGUGUUUAUUAUGUUGAAGGUGGGAAAAAUGCUGUUAACCACCUUAUGAAAUGGAUUGGAAUUCAGGUAGAGUUUGAUCAUGAAGAGAUAGAUGGUGCAUCUAGGCCAUUCAAUGUUCCAGAAAGUGUUCUUAGGAGUGUUGACUUUGAUACUUUAGAAGGUGCCUUGGAUAUUAAGUUCAAUGAUCGUGGCUUGUUGAUAGAAGCCAUAACGCAUGCUUCACGACCAUCUUCUGGAGUAUCCUGCUAUCAACGAUUAGAAUUUGUUGGUGACGCAGUCUUAGAUCAUCUUAUUACUAGGCACUUGUUUUUUACAUAUACAAAUCUGCCCCCAGGUCGCCUGACAGACUUGCGAGCCGCUGCUGUAAACAAUGAAAAUUUUGCACGUGUUGCAGUUAAACAUAAGCUUCAUGUGCACCUUAGACAUGGGUCAAGUGCCCUUGAAAAGCAGAUUCGGGACUUUGUUAGGGAAGUUCAAGAUGAACUAUUGAAGCCAGUGUUCAACUCCUUUGGUUUGGGAGAUUGCAAAGCUCCAAAGGUUCUUGGUGACAUCGUUGAAUCCAUUGCUGGUGCUAUUUUUCUUGACAGCGGACGAGAUACAGCGGUUGUGUGGAAGGUUUUUCAACCUCUGUUGCAUCCAAUGGUCACUCCAGAAACCCUGCCAAUGCAUCCUGUAAGGGAGCUGCAGGAACGGUGCCAGCAACAGGCUGAAGGAUUGGAAUACAAAGCCACUCGAAGUGGCAAUUUGGCUACUGUUGAAGUUUUCAUUGAUGGUGUUCAGGUAGGAGUUGCCCAAAAUCCACAAAAGAAAAUGGCACAGAAACUCGCAGCUAGGAAUGCACUUGUUGUUUUGAAAGAGAAGGAAACAGCUGAAGCCAAGGAAAAGAGUGAUGAAAAUGGGAAGAAGAAAAGGAACGGCAACCAAACCUUUACUAGACAAACAUUAAAUGAUAUCUGCUUGCGUAGAAAUUGGCCUAUGCCAUCAUAUCGGUGUGUCAAUGAGGGUGGUCCUGCACAUGCAAAGAGGUUUACUUUUGCAGUUCGUGUGAAUACUACCGAUAGAGGAUGGACAGACGAAUGUGUGGGAGAGCCGAUGCCGAGUGUUAAGAAGGCCAAAGACUCUGCUGCAGUUCUUCUCUUGGAACUAUUAAAUAAACGGUACUCAUGAUAGCAAUAAUGGAGCAUCAUUUGCUGAGUUCAAGUAUCUACCUUUCCUUGGAUAAUCCCGCCUAAAAAUUGUGCUGUUCUUGAAUCAUUUACCUUCUACCGUAUAUUUUUAACAUCAAUAUAACUGUUUCUUUCGACGCAGUCGAGUAAAAGUGCUCAAAUUUGCGAGACCAAUAACACAGUUGGCACUUUUUUUUUUUUGGCCCGCCAAUAAUAGUGAGUUGGUGUCAAGUAGUGUAUAACGAUUGAUUACAGUUUAUACUCAUUUGCUUUUGGAGUAGCUCCAUCAA